GCCAUCAGCUACAGACGACCUCCUUUAGACCAACACUGUGACUGACCGAGGAGGGAUCUUGGUUGCCAUGGCGUCGACCAAUGAGAGCGGAGAGUGCAGUGAUCAGGCGGUUCCUGAUGGAGAGGAGGAGGAGAGGAGCGUCCGGGGAAUCCAGUCUCAUUACCUCCGCUGUCCGUCGCCCAGUUUCUCGAUGGCGUCCGAGUCCAGGUUCUCCAUGAUCUCCGGCUCUGACGCUGCGAGCAUCUUCAUGGAGCCCAUCCACCUCUCAUCCGCCAUCGCCGCCAAGCAGAUCAUCAACGAGGAGCUACCACCCCGCAGCGUGCGGGCCGAGUCCGUGUCAGAGUCCAUGCUGGAAACCGCCGAGCAGCUGAUGGUGGAAGACCUCUACAACCGGGUCAAGGACAUGAUAGACGACCGCAGCCCCUACAACACCCCCUGUGUGCUGGACAUCCAGAGGGCCAUGGUGCAGGACCGCCUGGAGGCUCCCAUCAACCCCGUGGACGAAGUGUGGCCCAAUGUCUUCAUAGCUGAGAAGUCUGUUGCGGUCAACAAGGCUCGCCUGAAGCGAAUGGGCAUCACGCACAUCCUCAACACGGCCCACGGAACAGGCGUGUACACAGGCGAGUCUUUCUACGGCGGCAUGAACAUCCAUUACAUGGGCAUCGAGGUGGACGACUUCGCCGACUCCGACAUCUCCGUGCACUUCCGACCCAGCGCGGAGUUCUUGGACGAGGCUCUGCUGACACAUAGGGGAAAGGUUCUUGUGGUCUCCAUGAUGGGCGUCAGCCGCUCCGCUGUCCUGGUGGCGUCCUACCUGAUGAUCUUCCAGCACAUGACCAUCAUGGAGGCUCUGACCUCUAUGAGGAAAAAGCACGCCAUCAACCCCAACGAGGGCUUCCUAAAGCAGCUGCGAAAUCUCAACGAGAACUUGAUGGAGGAGCGCGACGAUGACGAUGAAACGCUUAGCCAGUGCUCCGUUAUUGAUGCACGCACACGCGGUCGCAUCUUCGGUGAGGGUGGGGAUGAUGAUGAUGACGAUACUGAUAAAGAGGAAGUGCAGAGUAUGAUCGAGGUAAAGGCGCACUCCAUCAUGAUGGAGGAGGAGGAGGAUGGAGGAAGUGUGAUGAGCAGCGUCGCCUCCUCCGCGGCUGCUGCGGCACUCAGGGGCGGAUUGAUCGGAGCGCAGAACGGGCGGGAAAACCAGGGAGCGACGCACAUUCAAGAAGAGAUCGUUCUCCCCGAGCAGGAGGGCACAGAAGAUGGAGAUGAGGACGACGGCCUCGACAGCAUGAUCCGAGAGUGGCAGCGAAGGAACGAGAAAUACCAGAACGACGACUGGUGGGAGGCGCAGCUAAACAGCGACGCCGAGGAUUUGGAAUCUCUCGCUGAGGGCCGGUCGAAGAAGACGAAGGAAGGUGAAGACGCCGAUAUAGAGAGCGUCACUAGCGAGGACGUGCGAGCCGUGAAAGAGCGGUUGAAGCACCGCAGCAGGCGCCCGCCCUCAGACGCGAUGUCCACCUCCAGCUGCAUGAGUUACUCCGAUCUGUGGAAACAGCGCUUGAGGGAAAUCGAGGAACAAGCCGCCGCUCGCUACCGCAAGAAAGAGGACGACGAAAGCAGCGAGAGCACUGCUACAGAAGGUGGAGAGGCAGAGAAGAAGAAGGUUGAUGACGAAGUGGAGAGUAUCCUCUCCGACAGCAGCUCCAUGUACAACUUCUGCCAGAAGAACAAGGAGAAGCUGACGCCUUUGGAGCGCUGGCGCGUCAAGAGGAUCCAGUUUGGUUGGAACAAGAAAGAUCGCGAGGAUGGAGAGAAAAGUUCUGUAGGAGAUGGAGAGAGAGGCGGCGGCGAGGGAGACGCCAAGACGCCAUCCUUCCAAGAUGUCAACCUGACGGCAUAUCAGGCGUGGAAGUUAAGGCAGCAGAAGCGCCUCGGGGAGGAAAACACGCAUGAGAUAUUGGAGAUGAGUCGAGGUGAGGACUCGGCGACCAUCAAACGGAGGCAAAGACGUGAGGAGAUCCUGGAGCGCUCGAAGAAGACUUUAGAGGAGAGUCAGUCCUUGUGCGGCUGGGAGACUGAAAGCUGUGUCAGCGGAGGGACGAUACCUCUCUCCGCCUUUUGGGCUGGAGCCGGAGUCACGGGCCCGCCGAGCACCGCCAACGAUGACAACAUGUCCAUGCUCAGCGGCAGGUCAUCUGUGAUAUCCUCAGUGUCGCAGCCUCGCAGUUCAAAAUCAGCACAAAAUGUUCCUCCCAUCCUCCCAGUUCCUACCAUGCAGGGCCCCGGGGGUGAACCCAUGGUCAAUCUGGCCAGCAUCCAAAACUGGAUCGCUAAUGUCGUCUCAGAAACCAUCAAGCAGAAGCAAAGCGAGAUGAUCCUGCCUCCUCCGUCACGAGUUGGAUCGGAGAUUAGCUUCGGCGGCGCAACGAGCAUGAUUUCAGGCCGGGGCUUAGACGACGACAAAGCGUCCCUGUUGAGCGGCGCAUCCUAUUCCAGCGCACUGUCGCAGAGUCGAGGCCGGGCGGCGUCGGUCCUCUCAGGUGGCUGGGGCAAGUGGCAUUUCUGCCUCACUGGAAGAAGCUCCACCCUCGGCUCCACCCUCAAGAAAAACAAGAUCACCACCACCAGUGUCCCUCUUUACAGCCUCUUCCAGGACCAGGUGGACAUGGGCAAACUGGACGCCAUGGACAAGGAGAUGAAGUCCGAGAUGAGGAGCAAGAUGUCUACCUACGAAAAGAAGAAGAUCCUGGAGGACAACAAGCGCAGCACCCUCUACAAGAAAAAGAAACCAAAGGAGGAUGAAGAUGAGGAAGAGGAGAUAAAGAAGAAAGAGGAGUUUCCUAUGGAAACAAAGAAAAAGGAGAAACCUGCGAGAAGUUUCGGCCUCUCUGGGUGCCUGAAUCUCAACCCUGCGCUGGAGAAAGAUAAAAACACCAGCAUCGACGACUGGCUGACGAGCGUCCGGCCUCCUCCGAGGAAACCGGCCCCCGGGGAAGAAGCUGCGGAGGAUCCCUACGACGAUCUCGAUGCGUCCGCUUCUGAAUUCGACUUCUCGAGCCGCAGGGCCUCGUACGCUGUGGACGAAGACGACGAGGGAACAAAUGGCUCCAGAUACAGAUCAAGGUUACAUGAGGAUCUCUCAAGUAAAGACACAGAAUAUUCCUGCAACGGGCUCGGGCAGUCGCACAGCUACAGCCGGGCGGCGAGGUCGUACGGCGAGAGUGACGAGGGGACGGAGAGCUACCACGACAUCUCUACAAAGAGGAAGUUUGCUCAUCAUUCGCGAUAUGAAAGCAGCGACACGGAAGGGAGGAGGAGUAGGAGGGAGGAAGUAGACGAGGACGAGGACGACAUCGCAACCUUCAUCGCCCAGACCAGGCAGAGGGUCAGAGCCCGGGCCGCCGCCGAAGCCGAAGACGACGAGGUGCUCGUGGCUUGGAGGGCGCAGCAGGAAGCGAAAUCCCAGAGCAGAAGUGAAUCCUAGACUUUUAGAAAAUAAGAGUUAAGUGCUGCUAAAAGGUUAAAAAGUGAAUAAUAUCCUGCUGUGAGGGUUAGGGUUAGGGUUAGGGAUCGUACACUGUUGUUAAAGGAACACUCGUAAAGCUGUUAAUAUCAGUGUUUAAGGAUCAAUGUUGCCUUCUCAACAAGAGGAAUAUUUAGUCUGUAUUAUUAAUCAAACUAGUUUCUUCCAAAAUCAAGGUUUUGGUUGCACCACUGUGUAAAACUGAUUGUAAAACACAUUUAGUAAAUAUUUUCAUAAAAGAUGAUCUUGAAUAACGUCUGUUAAACAAUGUAUUGUUUUAUUAUUACAAUAAAUGCUCUGACAAAUGA